AUGCCUGCCCUGUUGCAACGAGUGCCAUCUGCACGGGUCAGAUGUCCCCUGGACUUGGGCUCUUGCUCUAGAGCACGGCAGUCAUAUCACCGCGGCUAUGCAACCCUGCAGCACUCGCAGUCACCAUUACGGCGGCGAGCUGCCGUGCCCCCUUACCAGAAAAUUCUGAAGACCUUUGAAGAUGUCAGAGAUAUUCUACCCCGCCAGAAGCUCACACUCGCUGAGAAAAUCCUCUACUCUCACCUCGCCAACCCCUCUGAGUCUCUGUUGACCGGUACCGACAAUGGCAAGAACAUUCGGGGCAGAGCCAACCUCAAACUCAAGCCCGACCGUGUCGCAAUGCAGGAUGCCUCUGCACAGAUGGCCAUCCUCCAAUUCAUGACAUGCAACCUGCCCAGUACCGCCGUACCUGCCAGCAUCCAUUGCGACCAUAUGAUUGUGGGAGAGAAAGGCGCAGACUUGGAUCUACCCAACUCCAUCGCGGGCAACAAGGAGGUGUUUGACUUUUUGGAAUCUGCUGCAAAGAGAUACGGGAUCGAGUUCUGGCCACCCGGGGCAGGUAUUAUACAUCAGUCGGUGCUGGAAAACUACGCUGCUCCUGGCUUGAUGAUGUUGGGAACGGAUAGUCACACACCAAAUGCCGGAGGCCUAGGUGCUAUCGCAAUAGGUGUGGGCGGAGCUGACGCAGUUGAUGCUCUGGUUGAUGCCCCUUGGGAGCUUAAGGCUCCAAAGAUUCUGGGGGUUCGUCUAGAAGGCAAGCUCAGCGGGUGGACCUCACCGAAAGAUGUUAUUCUUCACCUGGCGGGCAGACUAACCGUUCGUGGUGGAACUGGAUCCAUCAUCGAGUAUUUCGGGCCAGGAGUUGACUCUCUGAGUUGUACAGGCAUGGCCACGAUUUGUAACAUGGGGGCGGAAGUUGGGGCUACGACGUCGAUUUUCCCUUUUACAGAGAACCAUAUCCCUUACUUGCAAGCCACGGGCCGAGAUGCUAUUGUCGAUGCGGUCAAGGGCAUCGCAUAUGGCUCGGAAAAACACAACUUCUUGCGGGCCGAUCAGGGUGCCGAGUACGACCAAGAGAUCACAAUCAAUCUGGCCUCGCUGGAGCCGCACAUCAAUGGUCCUUUCACACCGGAUUUGUCCACGCCCCUUUCAAAAUUUAAAGACGCAGUGAAGACCAACAACUGGCCUGAUAGCUUCUCGGCCGGCUUGAUUGGCAGUUGCACCAACAGCUCUUACGAGGACAUGACCCGCGCACAGGACUUGGUCAAACAGGCACAGGCCGCUGGCUUGAAGCCCAAGGCUGAUUUCUUCAUCACGCCCGGAAGUGAACAGGUACGGGCUACCUUGGAGGAAAGCAAGACACUCGAAACAUUCACCAACGCCGGUGGCACCGUCUUGGCCAACGCCUGCGGGCCGUGCAUAGGACAAUGGAAGCGAACUGAUGGCGUCAAGAAGGGCCAAGACAAUGCCAUCAUUUGCUCCUACAAUCGCAAUUUUCCGGGUCGCAAUGAUGGUAAUCCCCGCACGAUGAGCUUCCUUGCUUCACCGGAGAUUGUCACCGCCAUUUCCUACUCUGGGUCGACUUCUUUCAACCCCAUCGUCGAUGAGAUCCCCCUGCCUUCCGGCGAGAAGUUCAAAUUCGAGCCUCCGAAGGGGGCACAGCUUCCAGGUUCGGGCUUUGCUAUUGGCAAUCCUGCUUUCUAUCCUGCCGCUGCGGAACCAGAUCAAAGUGUGGAAGUUGUGGUGGACCCUGAGUCCGAUCGACUAGCUAUCUUGGAGCCGUUUGAACCUUUCCCAGAGGGCGAGCUGAAAGGACUGAAAGUCCUGUACAAGGUCAAGGGUCAGUGCACGACAGAUACGAUCUCCGCGGCUGGGCCUUGGCUCAAGUACAAAGGACACCUUCCCAACAUUGCCGAAAACACUCUCAUUGGUGCUGUGAACGCAGCGACCGGCGAGACUAAUGUUGCAUAUGACAGUGACGGGUCCACGUCGUCUAUCCCAGAACUUGCGAAGAAGUGGAAAGCAAAUGGACAGAACUGGCUGGUGGUAGCCGAGGACAAUUACGGUGAGGGAUCUGCCAGAGAACAUGCAGCCCUGCAACCACGGUAUCUCGGAGGCCAGGUCAUUCUCGCAAAGAGCUUUGCGCGUAUUCACGAGACGAACCUCAAAAAACAGGGAGUAGUGCCCUUGACUUUUGUCAACAAGGAGGACUAUGAUCGCAUCGAUGCGUGCGACCACGUUGACACAGAGGGGCUAUGGGAUGUCCUGAAGAACGGAGGCCAGGGCGAGAUCAACUUGAACGUGACCAAGAAGAAUGGAAAAACUUUCACGAUCCCGGUCAAUCAUACUCUCAGCAAGGAUCAGUGUGGCUUCAUUCUUGCAGGAUCUGCGCUGAACCUGCUUGCGAAGCGGCAGAAGCAUGAUUGA